CAGAGAAUUUAAAAGAACACCCCCGUAACCUAUUGGUUUAUUCCAUUUCGCGCCUUCCCUUCACGCACAACCUUUGACCCCUAUCUUGGCGGGAAAGUUGUUUGCGACGGUCUGUCUCCAAAAAUCGCAACAAAUUUCUUGCAGAAUGGCUCAGCGAUCUAUCUCGUCGUUUUUCGCGCCCAGAGCCAAGACUCCGAAACAGGACACAGCAGCGACUGGACAUAAGUCACCACUCAAGACAAAGAAUGGCUCCCCUCCGGCCUCCGCACCAGGGGAUGACUCCCCAGUCAAGUCCCUGCCGCGUAAAAAAAAGGCGCGGCGCAUCAUCGACAGUGAUGAUGAUGAUGAAGAUGGGGAAGAGAACGUUGCCAUGGAAACAGAACCAAGUAAAUCAGCUGAUGAACAGAAGGAAGCAAAGGAUGUUGAGAAGACCCCCAAGGAAGUGGAGAAGGUGAAAGAUGAGAGUGAGGAUGUUCCGUCUCCCAAGAUGCCGAGGGUCACGUACAACGGACCCAACCUGCAGUCUCCGGGGGGCAUCCCUAAGAGAAAGACUGCUCGCAAGCAACUCCCCACUCCGAAGCGCAAGCUUGUUGAGAUAAAGAGCCCAAAGUCCAACGGGCACACAUCGCCCACUGCUGAAGAGGAGGAGUCCAGCGCCAAGAAAGUGAAGACAGAAAAAAAGGAAGAGAAAGAAGAAAAGACAGAAGAAAAGAUGGAGAAGGAUUCCCCUGAUGAGGAAGUGAAGGAAAAAGUGAAGGAUGAUGAAGAAGUUGUGCAACAAAGCAAGAAGAAGAACAGCCCAAAGCCUAAGAAAGAGAAGAAGAGUCCAAAGUCUGUGGAAAAGAAGAAGAAGAUAAAGGAGGAACCUAAGGAGAAAGAAAAGGAGUCCGCUGGUCCAUCUGAAGACUCCAUGGAUUCCCUGUUUGCUGCGGUUAUUAAGAAGGCAGGAGAAGUAACUGCUGAAGAAGAGAUGGAAGAAACAGAGGAAGGCAAAGAAAAGCCCACUGAAGACGUGAAGUCACCCUCAAACAAGAAAGCAGUGAAGAAGGAGGAAGACAGCAGCAAGAAACCCAGCUCAGGAAUCAGCUCCUUCUUCUCCCCCAAGAGAUCUUCCCAGCCUUCAGAUGAGUCCAGUGAGAAGAAGCCGUCCCCAAAACCUGCUGCCAAGCCCAUGGCUGCCUUCUUCAAACCUAAACAGGAGGCUGAGAAAACUGCUGGCCAGUCAGGGCUGACAGCUGAGGACUACAACCCCACCAAGGCCCACUAUCACCCUGUGGAGGAUGCCUGUUGGGCUAAGGACAAGACGGUUCCAUACCUUGCCUUGGCCAAGACGUUUGAAGCCAUUGAAGAAGUUCGAGCCAGGUUGAAGAUUACAGAGAUCCUUUGUAACUUUUUCCGUUCGGUGAUCGCGCUGACCCCAGAUGACCUGGUGCAGUGCGUGUACCUGUGCCUGAACAAGGUCGGGCCCGCGUACGAGGGUCUGGAGCUCGGGAUCGGGGAGACCGUGCUGAUGAAGGCCAUCGCCGAGGCAACGGGCAGGAAGAUGGCGCAGAUCAAAACGGACGCUCAGGAGAAAGGAGACUUGGGAAUAGUGGCUGAGACCAGUCGCAGCACACAGCGCACCAUGUUCGCUCCACCCAAGCUGACAGUUCGAGGGGUCUUCAACAAGCUCAAGGAGAUUUCCACCAUCAAGGGAAAUGAUGUCAUGACAAAGAAGAUAAACUUCAUCAAAGGCAUGUUUGUUGCGUGUCGGCAGUCAGAGGCGCGGUACCUUAUCCGGUCGCUAGGGGGCAAGUUGAGGAUCGGGCUCGCUGAGCAGUCCGUUCUCACAGCACUGGCCCAUGCAGCAACUCUUACUCCAGCUGGGAAAGAUGUGCUUGAUGCAGGGAAGGGAAAGUCUUCAGAUGCACUGAAGAAGAAGUUAGAGGAUGCUGCACUCAUACUCAAGACUACGUACUGUGAGAUGCCGAACUACGAUGCCGUCAUCUCUGCCAUGCUGAAGCACGGGUUGGAAGAGCUGCCCAAACACUGCAAGCUGACGCCCGGCACCCCCCUCAAGCCCAUGUUGGCGCAUCCCACCAAGGGCGUCAGCGAGGUGCUGCGCAGGUUUGAGGGGGCAGAGUUCACCUGCGAGUACAAGUAUGAUGGCGAGAGGGCGCAGAUCCACAUGCUUGAAAACGGAGAGAUCCACAUCUACAGCAGAAACCAGGAAAACAACACCUCCAAGUACCCAGACAUCAUUGAACGCAUGCCAAAGGUCAACCACGAUGAUGUCACUUCCUGUAUCAUUGACUCCGAGGCGGUUGCCUGGGACCCUGAGAACAAGAAGAUCCUGCCAUUCCAGGUGCUGAGUACCAGGAAAAGGAAGGAUGCAGACAAGUCGGAAAUUAAGGUUCAGGUGUGCGUGUACGCCUUCGACCUGCUGUACCUCAAUGGUCAGUCCCUGGUAAGGGAGCCAUUCCGCAAACGUCGGGAGAUGCUGAGAGAGUCGUUCAAUGAGGUGGAGGGAGAGUUUGUGUUCGCCACGUCCAUGGUGUCAGGAAACACGGAGGAGAUCGCUGAGUUCCUGGAUGCUUCCAUCAAAGAUAGCUGUGAGGGUCUGAUGGUGAAGACUCUUGACAAGGAUGCCACCUAUGAGAUUGCCAAGAGAUCGCAUAACUGGCUCAAGUUGAAGAAGGACUACCUGGAUGGAGUGGGAGACACGCUGGAUGUGGUGCCGAUCGGAGGCUUCCUGGGUACAGGGAAGAGGACAGGGAAGUAUGGAGGCUUCCUAUUGGCCUGUUACAACGAAGAGGAUGAAGAAUUCCAGUCUAUCUGCAAGAUCGGUACGGGCUUCAAAGAUGAAGAACUUGAACAGCAUACAGAGUUCUUCAAGAACCAUGUUGUUGACAAGCCCAAGUCAUACUAUCGCUAUGACAGCAGUGUUGAGCCAGACCACUGGUUUGAUGCAGUUCAGGUGUGGGAGAUCAAGUGUGCAGAUCUGUCCAUCUCACCCGUGCACAAGGCUGCUGAGGGCAUCGUUGACCCAGAGAAGGGGAUCUCGCUACGUUUCCCACGAUUCCUGCGUAUCCGUGACGACAAGAAGCCAGAAGAGGCAACAAGUGCACAGCAGGUUGCAGAGAUGUACCGUAACCAGGACCAGGUGAAGAACCAACAGUCCAAUGAGAAAUCUGACCCAGCCGACGACGACUUCUACUGAAACCAAGUACCCUUUCACUGUGUUGUUGUGUCCGUCUGUUUCUCCAUCAUUGCAUGUACAUGAAGUUAGCUAAUUCAAUGAAAUUUAUGGGUUCUGUUGAUUUCUUCUUGUUAUAUGAUUUUCAUAGUGUCAUUCCAAGGCAGUUUACUUAAUGUGAUGUAUUGUACAGAAUACCUGUAAAGCUUUGUUUACAGCUUUUUCGUGGUGAAAACUCACCAGAUGUGCUUUUCAGUCAGUAGCAAAUAUAUAUACCCAGUAUGUUGAUGUCUUACAAUACACUAAGAGAAAGUCUUGGCAUUUUGUGUUU